CUAGUGCAGAAACAUGUUACUUAGCUCAGAAGAAUCUCCCAUCUCCCAAAAAUGGAGAAACCUGCAGAGCUCGUGUUCAUCCCAUCCCCUGGUAUAGGCCACUUGGUUUCAACACUUGAGAUUGCAAAGUUCCUCCUAUCUCGAGACGACCAACUCUUGAUCACUGUCCUCAUCAUGCAGUCUCCCGCUGUUUCCAAAGGCACUGAUGCUUAUGUCGAGUCAUUUGCAGACUCUUCUUCUCCCAUAUCACAGCGUAUCAAGUUCAUCAACCUCCCACAAGUCAAUAUGGACCAUACGGAAGGCAGUGUCCGCAAUAGCUCAAUCGGUUUCGUUGAAAGUCAGCAACCCCAUGUUAAAGAUGCCAUCACAAAACUCAGCGAGUCCAAGACUCGACUUGCGGGGUUUGUCGUCGACAUGUUCUGUACGGAUAUGAUUGACGUGGCCGAACAAUUAGGGGUUCCUAGCUACGUGUUCUUCACCUCUAGCGCCGGCGCGCUCGGGCUAAUGUUCCACCUCCAAGCACUGCGCGAUCAAGACGGCAAGGACUGCACUGAGUUCAAAGACUCCGACGCUGAGUUGCUCAUCCCGAGUUUUGUCAAUCCCUUGCCAGCUGCUAAAGUCCUACCUGGCAGGUUAUUCGUGAAGGAGGGAGCGGAAUCAUUUCUCAACAUUAUGAAAAGGUUUAGAGACACCAAGGGUAUUUUGGUGAACACGUUCGCAGACCUAGAAUCGCAUGUCCUUCAUGCUCUUUCAUCUGAUGUCGAGAUCCCUCCCGUAUAUCCGGUAGGACCCUUACUUAACUUGAACACCAAUGAAAGUCGUGUGGAUUCGAACGAGGCCAAGCAGAAGUCUGAUAUCUUGAAAUGGCUUGAUGAUCAGCCUCCAUUGUCUGUAGUGUUCUUGUGCUUUGGAAGCAUGGGAAGCUUUGGCGAGGACCAGGUGAAAGAGAUCGCCCACGCCCUAGUGCACGCGGGCCAUCGGUUCUUGUGGUCCUUACGCCGGCCCCCACCCACAGGAAACAUUGCUUUUCCAAGUGACUACGAUGACCACACCGAAGUCUUGCCCAAAGGGUUCCUCGAUCGAACAGUUGGGAUUGGAAAGGUCAUAGGCUGGGCCCCACAAGUUGCCGUCUUGGCUCACCCAUCUGUGGGAGGCUUUGUAUCCCAUUGUGGGUGGAAUUCCACGCUUGAGAGUCUUUGGCACGGUGUGCCCGUCGCCACGUGGCCAUUGUACGCGGAGCAACAGCUGAACGCGUUUCAGCUAGUGAAGGAAUUGGAAUUGGCGGUGGAAAUUGAUAUGAGCUAUAGGAGCGAGAGUCCAAUUGUUGUGAGCGCAAAGGAGAUAGAGAGAGGAAUAAGAGAGGUGAUGAAACUUGACAGUGAUAUAAGAAAGAGAGUGAAAGAAAUGAGUGAGAAGGGCAAGAAAGCUUUGAUGGAUGGUGGGUCGUCGUACUCUUCCUUGGGACAUUUUAUUGAUCAGAUCUAAAAUUCAUGAUCAUAUGUAGAUCGGGUCCUCGCAUCAUAUUUUCUUCCGUUUACUCGCAACAACUAAAUGCAUUUCAGCUAGUUACGGAACUAGGGAUAGCCGUGGAAAUUGAUAUGAGUUAUAGGAAGGAUGGUCCGGUUGUUGUGACUGCAGAGAAAAUUGAGAGUGGAAUAAAGGAACUGAUGGAGCUUGAUAGUGAUAUAAGGAAGAGGGUGAAACAAAUGAGUGAUAAUGGCAAGAAAGCUUUGCUGGAUGGGGGAUCCUCAUAUGUUGCGUUGGGACACUUCGUUGAUCAAAUUUAAAGUUUAUGACCACAUUUCGGGAAAAGCUUUGAUAUUGACUAUGAUGGAUAAAUUCCAUUUAGUGUGUCAUAUCAUAUGGCCUUCAUGACUUUGAGUGUUUCAUUCUUAUGAUAUUUCCUUUUAUAGGAGCACGGUGAAAUGAAUAUAUAGUUCUUUUCCGUUUGGAGAAAGUGCAUGUUAUACUGUUUUUGAUUAUUGUGUAUAUUUUUAUCAAGUGAAACGCUCAAGGAAUGGAAUUCUUAUGAUA